GCAAAAGGUGUGACCUCCAUCGCCCGAGUGGCCUCCGAGUCAUUCAGAGGACCUGGAAGAAGACGACAGCUUCAUUUUGCUUUUGUAAAAGAGUCUAAUAUCUUUUAAAAGUUGCACCGACAUCAUGAAUUUGUUGUUUUUCGUCCUUCUGGCCGUGCAAAUGCAGAGCGUGUCUCCCGUGAUUCACGAACUGGAGUAUUACAUACAUAUAGCCACUCAAGAUUCAAGAAUCAUAGCGUACAAAGAAUUGUGCCACCUGGAUGGAUUUAAGAUUACGCAAUACGACAACACCAACAGGAACGUCCUCCCCAAACAGAACUGGAUGAAGAAGAUCACAGCAGAGGAUCCACAGUACUGGCAGAGAGCGACAGAGACCAGUGUUGCUGCUGAGCAUUUCUGUACAAGCAUGUAUGAACCUCACAUGAAGUAUUACACCAGACCUGAAGAUACUUACAUAAGUGAGUGGGAUUCUGGAUGCCAAUGGGAUGACGACACUGAUGAGGUCACAGGUUGGUAUUGGGAUUGGUUUGAUGGAGGACGGGACUUUGAUGAAGGACAGCCAUGGAAAUGGACCGCAGCAAAAGAACAAGCAGAUCCCCCCCGGCUGAUCUGGGAUAAGGGCAUAGCUCCACCAGUGUACUUAAAGGACUACGUUGACAAUUGUACUUCUUACAUGAAGAAGUACUUGAGUGUCCUAUUGAGAACAGACCUUCCAAUGGUGUCUCUAAACCAGACGACACCGUCUUCUCCAGUCAGCUGCAACGCAACAGGUUUCUACCCCGACAAAGCCGUCAUGUUUUGGAGGAAAGACGGCGAGAAGCUCCUUGAGGGUGUGGAGCAAACAGAAAUGCUCGAAAACCAGGACGGAACCUUCCAGAUGUCGGUGAACCUGAAUGUGACGGGCGACAUGGAGGGCAAGUACGAAUGUGUGUUUCAGAUGACUGGUGUCAAGGAGGACAUCGUCACCAAGCUGGAGAGCAGAGGCGUCCCGAGCAGCUUGAGCGGUGAAGACCUCAAUACAAGCACAUCUGGUGACACAACCAUUGAGAGCCAAGCCACGAUCCGACCUAGUACCACCAGUGGCAGCUUCGAUGUCACCACUGAGAGCAACAAAGCCACCACCCGACCUAGUACCACCAGUGGCACCUUGGAUGUCACCACUGAGAGGAACAAACCCACCACCCAACCAACUCCUGAGCUCAACAAGGUGUGCAUGGGCUGUGUUGUUGCCACGUCGGUGAUCCUUACGAUGGUGAUCUGUCUGUCGGUCACCAUCAUCAUCAUCGUGAUGGUCAAGCGUUACAGGAAGAGACAUGCUCCCGAUCGGGCCGUCCUUAUCUCAAUGAGUACGCUGGCUGAGUGAGACACGGCAGAUGGACUGCUUGUGCACUGGAACAACGAGAUGUCUCCAUCAUCAUUUCACUUGGAGAUGAGAUGUACUUUGUUCUUCAUGAUACAUUAUGGGUUGUACUUGUAUAGCGCUUUUCUACCUUCAAGGUACUCAAAGCGCUUUGACACUACUUCCACAUUUACCCAUUCACACACACAUUCACACACUGAUGGAGGGAGCUGCCAUGCAAGGCGCUAACCAGCACUCAUCAGGAGCAAGGGUGAAGUGUCUUGCUCAGGACACAACGGACAUGACGAGGUUGGUACUAGGUGGGGAUUGAACCAGGGACCCUCGGGUCGCGCACGGCCAUUCUUCCACUGCGCCACGCAUGUUUUACCAUGCAAUGUCUCCUUUGGAUGCUUAGAAAAUGUGUUAUGAUCGUAUGUUUUUGGUGUUUCCUAUUGAUUUUAAUCUGUAAGAGUGUGCUGAAAUGCAAGCUAAGAGUCAUGGUAUCACCACUGUUUAUAUAUCAUGUUGUGUCACAUUUAUUUCAAUAAAUCAAUUUGUUCAUUCUGGCUCUUAAA